AUGACUCUUCGCAAGUCAUUCGGAAAAGUUUCGAAUGCCGACUGGGCAAGAGACGGACAGCCACUGUGCAUUGGCUCCGCUCAUGCUGUGAAACGGCCAAGAGAGCUUCUCAGGGAUCAUCAUCAUCGUGUCAAGCCGAAGUUUAACUAUCAAACCAUCAGAGGGGCCGAUACGCUGUCCACAGCCGAGCGCAACAAGCACGCGCCGGGUUACAGCCGAUCCACGUGGCACCUGCCAAUAUCCACAAAUCCCAUGCUCGUGACUUCGGCCUCGGAAAGCGUUGUCACGAUUGUGGACGGACGGGAGGAGCAUUUUGUCGGCGAAUCCCUGCGCGCGAAGCUGGAAAUGCGAGACGCCACCGGCAAACCCAAGUCGCACGGGGGCGACUUCGUCAUGGCCCGGAUUUACAACGCAGACCUUGGCGCCGCGGCCUCGGCAUCCGUGACCGACCACAGCGACGGGACCUACACCGUGGAGUUCAGAAUCCUGUGGCCGGGAGAGAGUCGGCUGGAGAUCAUUCUGGUCCACCCCGGUGAGGCGGUGGGGAUUCUGGAGAACGCGAGGGAGUCCGUGCCAAACAGAGUCAGCUUCUGGGGAACGUUCGUGGCGGGCGAGGCCAAAAAGACCGCGGUGUGCGAACUGUUCCUGAACACAACCCAAGAGGUCUGCAAUUUCACUGACGAGCGUUUGGGCGAAGGCUUGAUUUGCGAAAAGCCUAGCGGCUUCCCCUGCUACUCUAUCCACGGAUACACGUCCUUCACAAAAUACUGGAAAGUGUUCACUCAAGAUGAAAGGAGGCUUUUUUCAAGGGACCACAUCCUGGUGCCGCUGCGAGUUUCAUAUCACGUCCAUGCCUCCAUCACGGACGAAUCGACAACGAGGCCACCUAAGCCAUGCGUCCCUGGAUUGCGAACCGCGUACCCGAGCGGCCACUACUUUGGCAACGUCUGGCACUCGACCUUGUGCGACAUGAAGCAUUUCGACGAUCCGCAAGAGAUCCGAGCUUGCCUGAAGGAAAAGGAAAUUCUUCUACUUGGCGACUCAACCAUAAGACAAUGGUGGGAAUAUCUCAACGAGUUUGUCAGAGAGUUGAAACGUUUGGCCCUGAAGAAGCCCGGUAAAGGAAGACAACAGCCACGAUUGGCAGUCGACAUCGAGCACAACAUUUCCCUGCAGUGGUACUGCCACGCGUACCCGCUGAUCACGCAGGCCUACACAGUCACGCAGGACGCCCGCUACAUCGCCCAGCGCAUCGACGACACCUUCGGUGGGAGCCACACCGUGGUGGCCAUUUCCCUCGGCGCUCACUUCGUCGUCUUCCCCGUCGAGGUUUUCCGCAGGCGAAUGCGAAACAUCGGAGCGGCCGUGGCGAGGCUGCUGCUCAGAAAUCCCAAGACGAAAGUCGUCGUGAAGUUGGCCAACACCCGAGACUCGACCAACCUGGAAUUCUACAGCAACUGGAACACGUUUCGGAUGAACCAAGUUACAAUGGAGGUGUUCAAAGACAUGAAUGUGGCAUUUGUUGAUGCGUGGGACAUGACUGCGUCGAUAAACUCCACAGACGUCCACCCAAACAGAAUGAUCGUAAAGAACGAGGUGGAUUUGUUCUUAUCGUUCGUUUGUUAGCAUACGGGGCAGCGACCGUCCUGCUUCAAACUACGUUUCAAGGGAAAGCAAGUCUCUGGUCGGCAUCUUCAGACUCGCUGUCCUGAGUGCGGAAUGUAUCUCACGAAGUGUGUGCUGGGACGCUGCUGCUGCUGGUGGCGGUCUAAGGCACGGCCCUAGGACCGGCGUUACUUGCCACGGGGACCCACGACGUUCAUUUCCACCAUCAUGGACCGAUGCACGAGGCAGAUUCCCCCUCCUGCCUGUGUUGGACUGGCGAAAGACCGAGACAUCUCUGAAUGGCCAUCAGCGAGACUUUGUCGGUGACAGUCGACUCACUGUCAUGUCCAGCUUGAACAUUUGGACGCGUCCACGUCCGUUGCAUUCAUUUCUUCUCUUUGAAAAAAAGGUUUCCGUUAUUGUUUUGUCUUUGCGAAUGGACGCUCGACUCUCCCAUUGCUCACGCCAAUGCUAAGCUAACCAAUCACUCCCUCGGCUCUGCACCGUUUACAGCUUGUGCAUCAAUGUCACCCGUUAAGAAGAUGUCAUGCACCUCGCCCUCAUUUAGCAGUUAAUUAUUUUUCAGUGCUUGCGUGUGUGGUGUCAAUAUUUAGGAAUUUCUUAACUUGCAGUGGCUUUAGAGUCUGAGCGUUUACUGGGCAACUCUGCCUGAUGUCCUCCCCAUGGGAAGAAAGAACCCCACUCCUCCUUAAUGGCUGCCACUUGUCUCUCGAUAAUGGAAAAUACUGCCACUCUUCACAAGUGUGAAGAUGUACCCUAUCAUUCUCACCUCGCUGAGACCAAUUUAUUCGUCUCAAUCCUGUCUCCACAUCGCAAAGGUUUGCUUCUUGAACGUUUGCAGCAAUGGUCGAAUCAAGAUGGCUUCCUGCUCUUGCCGAAAAUUCUAAGCAUCUCCGAUCUCAUUAAGGCAGAGUUAUAAUGAUGAAGGUGUUCCGUGGUUUUAUAAAAUUCAAACAGAAUGACAAACCCUUUUCAUAUAUGUGCGUAAAUGUGAUUUGCUGUUGGGAAUGUUUUCAGCUUGGUAGUGGAAACAUUCCGGGGCAUAAUUAGUUGUUCCGCUGCGUAUUUUUACACAUUAAAAGGUGACGA